CGUCGUCGUCCCAACCGGUAGCGGCAAUUAAAUUUGGCAAACCCCGCUGCCCGCCGGCCCUGCAUCGGCGGCCGGAUCUUGGCGCGCAUCGCCCCAGCGACAUCCCCCUCUCCGGAGUUCUGGUCGCUCUGCGGCCGCGCGUGGGCUGCCCCCCCGAGUCUCGCUGCCGCGGUGGCCGCUCGGCGGCCUCCCGCGCCACCAACCUGACCCCGGGUCGGAACGAUGCCCCCGGGCCUCGACGACGCGAUGGAGGGGCGGGACGACGACGGCGCGCCGCCGGAGCGCCCGCGCGAGCGGCGUCGCGUCGCGGAGGACGCGACGCUCGCGCCCGGCCACGCGUACGUGGUCAUGGAGAACGUCUACGACAAGCUCCAGCUCCUGGACUGCGCGGGCGGCUUCGCCCGGCCGCGCGACCAGAAGCCCAUCACGCGCUGGGAGUUCGCGGCGCCGGGGCCGAACCCGUCGGUGCAGUUCGCGCUCUUCCUCGAGCUCUGCGGCUGGCUCGUGGAGCGCGCGACGGGCGACGGUAAAGCGUUUGCCGUGGACAAGUUCGACGACCCGACGACGGCGACCAAUAAACUCAUGCUCGCGCUGCGGAAGCUCGAGUUCGGCGCCGACUUCCCGCCGCAGCAGCUCAAGCGGGCGCACGGCGACGCGUGCGUCGGCGUGCUCGACUUUUUGACGGGAAAGGCCGUCGCGCGGCACUUCGUCUGGCAGCGGCCGGAGUACGACGACGCGGGCGAGGAGGAGCUGCCCGUGGACGAGGACGCGGACGUCGGCGACGCGAUCGAGGACGAUAUUGAAGCCUGCGAGGACGACGAGGCCCUCUUCGUCGAGGCGCCGGCCGACGAGCCCGAGGUCUCCGAGGAGCGCGCGGCGCAGCGCGAGAUCCUGAAGAGCAACGUUGACCGCGUGGCCUGGAAGACGGAGCUCGAGCGCGUCGGCCCGCGGCUCCGCCUCGCGCAGCGGCGCGCGGCGGGCAAGGAGUGGCGCGCGCACGUCGACCUCACGCGCGCGUCGGCCGGCGUCAUCCGGUCGACGUUCCCGCCGACGCGCGCGCAGCUCGACGACCUCGGCCGCGCCGCGGCGGACGCCUCGGACACGCUCCGCUCGAAGGAGAACUACAUCAACUCGAAGUUCGACCGCGAGAAGGCGGCGUACGCGCGGCUCCGCGAGGAGCUCGACGCGCUGGCCAAGCGCUCGGGCGCCUCCGAGGAGCGCGUCGCGGCGCUCUCGGGCGAGCUCGCGGGCAUCACGGACCAGCUCGACGAGGCCAAGGGCGCCAUGGCCGACCGCGGCAACUCGAUGACGGACACGUCGCCCCUCGUCAAGAUCAAGCAGGCCCUCAAGGCGAUCCGCCAGGAGUGCGUCGACUUCGACCUCCAGAUCGGCGUCGCCGGCCACGCGCUCAUGCAGCAGAAGCUCAAGCGCGGCGCCCCCACCAAGGACGAGCCCGCGGCCAAGGCCGCCGGCGACUUCGACGACUCGGACCUCGACUCGGUGUGAGCCGGCGCCCCUAGCCAGGUCUAAUUGCGUUUGGGACCAAGGUCAUCCGGUUUACGCGAAAAAAACGCACACCAGGAGAUCCCGCAUACGUAAAAAACGGCG